AUGGGAGCUUUGCAGAUUGCUGGAUUUUCCAUCCUUUUCUUUCUCCUCCACUCUGGAAACACGCUGGCAAAUAAAGCCAGUCAAGAUGUUGACGAGUGCGUGGAGGGCACUGACAACUGCCACAUCGACGCCAUCUGCCAGAACACCCCCAAGUCCUACAAGUGCAUCUGCAAGUCUGGCUACACCGGGGAUGGGAAGCACUGCAAAGACGUUGACGAGUGCGAGCGGGAAGACAACGCGGGCUGCGUGCACGAGUGCGUGAACAUCCCCGGCAACUACCGCUGCACCUGCUACGACGGCUUCCGCCUGGCACACGACGGCCACAACUGCUUAGACCUGGACGAGUGCUCAGAGGGCAACGGUGGCUGCCAGCAGACCUGUGUCAACAUGAUGGGCAGCUAUGAGUGCUUCUGCCGGGAGGGCUUCUUCCUCAGUGACAACCAGCACACCUGCAUCCAGCGUCCUGAAGAAGGCAUGAACUGCAUGAACAAGAACCACGGCUGUGCCCACAUCUGCCGGGAGACCCCCAAAGGGGGCAUCGCCUGCGAGUGCCGCCCCGGCUUUGAGCUCACCAAGAACCAGCGUGACUGCAAACUGACCUGCAACUACGGGAACGGGGGCUGCCAGCACACCUGCGACGACACCGACCAGGGCCCCAAGUGCGGCUGCCACGUCAAAUUCCUGCUGCACUCGGACGGGGUGACGUGCAUAGAGACAUGUGCUGUGAACAACGGAGGCUGUGACAGCAAGUGUCACGACGCGGCCACGGGCGUCCACUGCAGCUGCCCCAUGGGCUUCAUGCUCCAGCCUGACCGGAAAACAUGCAAAGACAUUGAUGAGUGCCGGCUCAACAACGGCGGCUGCGACCACAUCUGCAGGAACACGGUGGGCAGCUUCGAGUGCAGCUGCAAGAAGGGCUACAAGCUGCUCAUAAACGAGAGGAACUGCCAAGACAUCGAUGAGUGCUCCUUUGACCGGACCUGCGACCACCUCUGCAUCAACACCCCCGGCAGCUUCCAGUGCCUCUGCCACAAGGGCUACACGCUCUACGGGCUCACCCACUGCGGGGACAUCGAUGAGUGCAGCAUCAACCGGGGUGGCUGCAAAUUCGGCUGCAUCAACACUCCUGGCAGCUACCAGUGUACCUGUCCUGCUGGCUGCAAGCUGCACUGGAACAAGAAGGACUGUCUGAUGAAGUGCCUGCCAGGUUCAGUGCCACCAAGGGCCACCCUCACCUGCAACAAGAUGGGCAAGAAGGAUAGCUGUGCUCUUUCCUGCACCUCCAAGGCCAGAUUUCUGCCAGAGUCCGACAGCAGCUACACGGUGAGCUGUGGGACCCCCGUCCUGCGGCAGGGCGGCCAGCACCGACCCACCAACAGCAGCCAGCAGUGCCUCGAGACUGUGGCUGCACCGGUCAAGCAGAAGGCCUCCUUCAAGAUCAAGGAUGCCAAGUGCCACCUGCACCCACGGACCAAGGGCAAGCAGGAGGAGGCCGGGAAGGCCGGGGCACAAGGUGGCUCGGCUCCGUGCUCUGACUGCCAGGUCACCUUCGUCAACCUCAAAUGCGACUCAUCAAAGAAGGGGAAGGGGCGCCGGGCUCGCAACUCCCCCAACAAAGAGGUGACACGCAUCACGUUGGAGUUUGAGGCAGAGAUCAAGCCCGAGGAGAUCACAGCCAGCUGCAACCUGCACUGCCUGAGACAGAGAGUGGAGAAAAAGCUGAAGUCGGCCAUCAAAGCCCUGAAGAAAUCCAUCAACCAGGAGCGGUUCCUGCUGCGCUUCUCAGGGAUGGAGUACGAGGUGGCCCGGAAGCUGAGUGUGGCCCCGGAGAGGCAGGAGAGCUGUGGGCCGGGCCAGCAGCGCCUGGCCAGCAAGUGUGUCAGCUGCUCGCAGGGAACCUAUUACCACGGGCAGACGGAGCAGUGCGUGCCCUGUCCCCCCGGCACCUACCAGGAGAAGGAGGGACAGCUCUCCUGUGACCUGUGUCCUCGCGGCGACACCUUCGGACCCAUAGGAGCCACCAACAUCACCGGCUGUACCGGUCAGUGUCCCCCUGGCCAGCACUCUGCUGAUGGCUUCAAGCCCUGCCAGCCGUGUCCCCGUGGGUCCUACCAGCCCGAAGUGGGACGGGCGCUCUGCUUCCCCUGCGGUGGGGGGCUGACUACCCGCCACGAGGGAGCCCUCUCCUUCCAGGACUGCGACACCAAAGUGCAGUGCUCCCCUGGUCACUACUACAACACGAGCGUCCACCGCUGCAUCCGCUGCGCCGUGGGCACCUACCAGCCCGAUUUCCGGCAGAAUUACUGCAUCUCCUGCCCUGGCAACACCACCACCGACUUCGAUGGCUCCACCUCUGUGUCCCAGUGCAAAAACCGGCAGUGUGGAGGGGAGCUGGGUGAGUACACAGGCUACAUCGAGUCCCCCAACUACCCGGGGAAUUACCCCGCCAACAUUGAGUGCACCUGGAACAUCAACCCCCCACCCAAGCGCAAGAUCCUCAUCGUGGUGCCAGAAAUCUUCCUCCCUUCUGAGGACGAGUGUGGCGACGUCUUGGUCAUGCGGAAAAACUCCUCCCCAUCCUCCAUCACCACCUACGAGACCUGCCAGACCUAUGAGAGACCCAUCGCUUUCACUGCCCGCUCCCGGAAGCUCUGGAUCAACUUCAAAACCAGUGAAGCCAACAGUGCUCGGGGCUUCCAGAUCCCCUAUGUCACCUAUGAUGAGGACUACGAGCAGCUGGUGGAGGACAUCGUGCGGGAUGGAAGGCUCUAUGCCUCCGAGAACCACCAAGAGAUCCUCAAGGACAAGAAGCUCAUCAAAGCUUUCUUUGAUGUGCUGGCACACCCCCAGAACUACUUCAAGUACACAGAGAAGCACAAGGAGAUGCUGCCCCGCUCAUUCAUCAAACUCCUGCGCUCCAAAGUCUCCAGCUUCCUCCGGCCUUACAAAUAG